UAAUCAGCUGAUGAGGCUCCUCAUUACAAACAGGACGAUGGGAUCCCACAGGAAGAACAGACCUCCCUCGGGGCCACAUUGGUUCCUGACCUCCGUCUUCUUGGCCACAGCUCUGCUCCUCCCUGCUCUGGGCAUGGACACCCUGCUCUGUCACUACUGUCCCCUGCAGCACAAGGGCAAAUCCUGCAGUAACAUCACCAGCCAGUGUCUGCCCAGUCAACGCUGCUCCAGCUCCAUGGCCCGCUACGGCUCCGUCCACGUGCUGUCCGCUCAGGGCUGCUUGGACGGUGAACUCUGCGGCUCCCACGAGCUCAUGUCUCACAUGGGGGUCAAGUACAACGUCAGCCACGUCUGCUGCUGCAAGGACAAAUGCAACGGGCCGCCAAGGGAUGACGCCGGCCUGAAGAAGCUGCUGGGGAUGAUUAAGGACAUAAUGCAUAAAGGAAACAUCACUGAUGUUAUCAGGGAGCAGGCCUGGGACUCGUGUGCAAACUACACAUCAUUAGGGAACAACAUACCUGACACUGCAUAACAAGGAGGCUGCACAGGAGAGGCCUGUUGGUCACAAGCUCUCAACUGAGUCUCUGACGGGGAACAUGUGGUCACUUGUGUUGUAUGUUCUUUGGAUAAAUUAACGUGUGAAUGAAUUUGUGUUUUGUGUUUUUACCUUUUUUACUCCGGAGAGAAAAGGGUGGACUUGUCAGCCAUCCUCCUGAUGUAAAAAAAAAUAUAUAUAUAUAUAUGAAUAAAUGCUGACAUUAUCUGUGUGGUUACAGAUGGAUGCAGCCCAAUAAAAGCAAAAACAAUGA